AUGGCCAAACCGGUGCUGCUAAACAAGUACCUUCUGCUGAAGAGCAACUCUCUAAAGGUGCAAUCUAAGUUGAUAGAAAAAUAUUUUGUGGACCUAUAUAAGAGGAAGCACUUCCUAAAGGACAUGUUCCUCAAAUUUAAUAAUUUAAAAAGGAAAAAAAAAAAAUAUAUAAAUGUAAGCUACCAAGAGAUGACCAAAUGUCUGGACAAGUACUGCCACCUGUUGCUAGAGAAUGAUGAAGGAGUCACCAUCAAUUAUUUGUUUUUUUUUUUCCUCUACGCCAAUAUGCUCAUCAAAAAUGUGUAUAGCGCCAUGAUGGAGAGACCAACGCGAUGGAGCUUCUACCAGUUCGCUUCGCAUUCCAAGGAGAACUUCCCCACGUGUGAAAUUGCCUAUGAAAUUGCCUAUGAGAAAAGGGUGAACUACAACCUCUUUUUCUUUCUAACGAUUGAUGUGGAGAGACUCAUAAAAUUCGCCCUCUUCGUGUGUAACUCCUUUGCCAGUGCCAGGAGGAUGUGCUCUCUCUUCUUCAUUCACCCCCACAGGGUGCUCGUCCAGAACGUGGCCACGCAGUGUUGCCUAAAAAAUGCAUCCCCCGCGGUUCCGCCCAGUUUGGGGAAGGACCCCCCGGAGGGGAUCUUCACUCCGUCCUUCCUUCGAGCAGAUGCCCCCAAUGUAGGUGUGGCCCCGAGGAGACCCCCUUUAGGGCGGAACUACCUGGGGGAGAAACCCGCCGAACAACCCGAGGAGAAGCACCUCACGGGGGAGUUCCUCUUUUUCCUUACGGAUGUCGUGGGGAAGCUGGAGCAGCUGAAGCGAAGAAUCUCCCCCCCAGAGAGAAAGCAAAGGAAGAAAAAAACCUGCAAGUUGAAACUCCUCCUUUUGAAGUACGUCCAGCACGCGAUCGACACGCAGGAAGGGGUGGCGCCGCCUGCGGGGAGAGGUGGCCCCAGUGAGGUUUCCCCAGAGGUAACCGCUGACGUCAGCGCUGCUCAGCACUCCUCCAUCUCCACGAAGCAACCCGCUGACGAGAACCCCAGCGCGGAAGACAAAGAUGAGCUGAUCGACCUGUUCCUAUGCCUGGAAAAAUGCGACGACUAUUUCCCCUUCAUUUUUAACACCCUCUAUGGGUACGCCUUCUCAGCGAAGUACCCCUUUUUGAAUCGACUCAUCGUGGAGCGGUACAGCUGCGUUGAGAGGAUCUUCUGGGUGUUCCACCGGGAGGGGGGCGCCUCGGCGGGGAGCCUCCUUCAAGCGGUUAGCCGUGUAAGCGGUGUGAAAGCGGUUAGCCAAGCAGACAUCGUAGGUGAUGCUCACCAUGCAGACACCGCUAACCGCGUGAGUGACGCUCACCGUGCAGGCACCGCUAUCGACCUGCACUGCCUCAAGUACGGCGACCUGGAACGCCUGAACGGAUUCACCAAGUGCCUCCUCUACUCGGCCAUCUUCGACAGCCAGCACAACGUAGACUGCCUGCAUCUGUACCAGUUGGUGAAGGCACCCAAGGGGGGGGUAAACAUGAAUCCCCUCACGAAGAAGCUAAACAGGUUUUACUCCCCCCUUUUGGGAAAAGCAUAUAGUGCCUCCACCGAGGAAGCACUCAAUGAUCCGUUUAAAUCAAAAAGGAACAAAGUUAGUGCACCUCGGAGCUUUCCCAGGAAGGAAGAACUGCUGGCGUACCUCCUCAGGGAGACAACCCCUCUGGAGAGUCUUCUCGACGUAAUUGUAAAUUUAUUUAUGCAGGAUGGCCAUACACUCAGUAGGAUGACUUUGCAAGAGGUGAUCCUAAUCGUGGACACCAGCUAUCAGAGGUGCCAAGCAUUUCGAAGGGAAGGCCAGGCAGUCUUGGAGUAUUCCCUCCGCAGCUCUGACGAGGUAGACUUCUCCUCAUUUGGGAGACUGCCAAGCACCCUGCGUGGGAAUGUGGCCAAGUUAGGUGUGUACGUGAGGGCGAUCCAGGUGGUGAGGAAGGUGCAGCGGGUUCUUAAUGAGGAGGUAAGCCUCCCCAAUGGGGGGCUUCCCCACUCUGGAGGACUUCCCCACAAUGGGUCCCCCCCUGAGCCAUCCCACCGCUCCACAACGAAAAGCGGCCUCUGGGUGAGGACCCUCAAAGCGAUUCUGGCCGAGCCAAUGGGGGAGCAAGCCGUGUUGCAGUUCAUCCUGCAAAAUAGGCUAUUCAAGCAUGCCCCCUUCCUCCUCAAUUACAAGUUGGGUCCAAUCACCAGCGUCUCCAAAAGGGAGACCCUACUCAAACUGGAGAGGAGAUGCAAAGCAGCUUACAUUGUGCAUCUCUGGCGGAGCAACAACCCGAAGAAGAAGAAAAAAAUCAUUUCCUUUUUGAAGAAUCUAAAGGGGGAAAGGGAAGUCAAAGCUUUACUAAGCAGUGUGCUGCACGAUCUAGACAGCCAUAACUUGAAAGACCUUUUCUCCUUCGUUCUUCGCCAUUUUGAGACCCCCUUCGUGAAGAAGCUAUACCUGUUGGCCCUCGUUUCCCCCUCGUUGUGCUUGCACUCAAUCGGUAGAAUCAAAAUGAGGGACCUUAUUUCUUCCCUUCUCUGGAGAGAUAAGACAGAGCUCGUUAGAUUCAUCCUGAGGAAGGACCUGUACAGACCUCGCCUGCACACUCUCUUUCGUCACGCCUUUUUGAACAUCCAUCUGGAUUUUUCCAGACGUGUUUCACCCAAGGAGUCCCUUUCGAAGGAGGGCCCGACGAGGAGGAAACACUGCCCUGGGGGGACUCACCGAGAGAACGCCCUCCCCUACAGUUUGACGAAGUGCCUUUCCGUUUUGGAGCUGGCUGGCUUGGUCCGCGGAGAAGGCACUGCGCAGCAGGUGUACGAGACGUUUCUGCGCGUCACGCAGGUGCUCUUCGAUAGGGUGUGCGAUGGGGUGAGCGGUCGGGUGAGCGGUCUGGUUAGCGGUCAGGUGAGCGGUCAGGUGAUUGACCGAUUGGGCGAGCGCUUCCCCAACCGCUUCGCGGUAGGCUGCGCAAAGCUGAAGCGGCUGCCCCCAAUGAACCGCCCCUCAAAGGGGAAGACGCAGAAGGAACCGCCGCCACGUGGGAAGCUCAAGAAGAAGUUCAGUCUGUUCGGCCAGUUCUUCCACAAGCGCCUCAAUGCGAACGGGGUUAAGACAAAGGGGAGGAGCGCCAAUAGCGCGUACGUCAGGCAUUAUAAGAUAGUCCAAUCGGAGUCACCACCAGCACAGAGAUACCCCCAGAGCAGUGGAGGGAACCCCCCAAUCAGCCUGAGCAUCCUCAUAUACACCUUCUACAAAGUCUGUUUCUUCUUUUACGAAAGCUAUGGGGAGUUGAGAAGAGGAAGCAACCUUCUGUGCUUCCUGCUGCCCCAGCUGAUAUAUGUGCAGACGUCCCUUCGGUUCCGAGUGAACCUGAAGAAGGUCAUUAAGUUGAAUCUUAAGGAGAUGAUUGAUUUGCUGAGGGUGAAGAACUUUAACUUGUGCAACCAGCUGAUCCAUAGAAUCCAUUCCUGCUACAUCUACCAGGUGAAUUCCUUUGGCUUGUUAGCAGAACCCACUUUGUUCUUUCCCCUGGAUAGUGCAAAACGGAGAGGCAGCAAAUACAAAGCGGUGAAAAAUAUCGUGUCGCUCCUUCGAUGCAGCGAGGGGGGCCUCCCCAGAGGAGGGCUCCCCAAAGAAGAGCUUCCUUUGCGGAGGGUGCACAACUAUUACGUCUACAGGUGCGCCCACUCAACGUGUGUGUAUAGGCAGUUCGUGGAUGCGGCAGGGGUUGUGGCUGGCGAGUUGGGAGCAGGUCAAGGGAGAGGCCUACCUCAAAGGGGUGCCAUGAAACGAAGCAGAGAGAAUCGCAGCGGAGCGAACGCCGUGGGCGGAUCGGACCUACCGCUUAAACUGCAGCGACUCCACUUCAGCGUGCUCGCCUUCCACGUGGCGCUACUCUACAAGUGCGGCAUGGACCUCUACGUGUCUCUGAACCUGUUCUUCUCCUUCACCUGCACGUACCACUGCUCCAGCAAUGUUUGCAAGAAAUAUAGAGAGCUCAUCACCUUCUUUGCCAAUGUGAAUGUGCAUAAGGGGGCCAAAGUCCUGGGGAGGGUGAGCACUCACGUGGGGGUAAACCACUGGCCAGCUUAUAAACUGAUGAGGAGAUGUAGCAGAAUUGAUAUGCCUGCCUCGAGACAUCGCCCAGGGGUGCUUCACAAAAUGGUCCUUCAAGUGAACUCUGGAGGGGGGAGCCACCCCUGGAAGGGCUGCACCUAUUUGGGGCACAUCCGGCUGGAGCCAAAAAAAAGGGAUUCACUCCCAAAGGGGGUAGAAGACCCCUCAAUUACCUACCACCUUGUAAGAAGCGAUGAUGGGGCGUCUACCCACCAGGGAGUUGUUCCCAACCGGAGUGGCAACCUCCUUCCUUCUUGCAGACUGAACUGGGUGGACUUACUCUGGGGUGGCGCCUUCAACGUCUCUGUGAAUGGCACCUUCAACGUCUCUAUGAAUGGCGCCUUCAGCUCCUCUGUGAAUGGCCUUUACUCCCCGUCCGCCUCAAUCUACGUGAGAAGGCACCUCCUCACCGGCGUAGCCUUCGCCUACCUCUACGGCUACCACAAUGAUGUGCACUUUGGAGGGGACUGCCGAGAGAUUCCGUCCGUCAGCGCCCUCACGCAGAAGGAGCUCCUUCUCUACGUGAUGGGUCGUGUGCAUAACCCCUAUGUGGUGAUUCGCAAAGGGGUGCAUCCAGCGGAGGGGAGACCACUCCGUCUAAGAGGUGGACCACAGUCAGCAGGAGGAGGCCUCAAACGGGGGACAACCCAUUGGGGAAAUACAACAAGGAGGAGACUCUCCAGUGGGGGGGCAAACAUGACGAGGAGGGCCGACCUCUCGCGAGCGGACCAACUAAGGAACACUCAGAAGACCUUCACAUUUUCAAAUUAUUUAAAACAGAAGAGAGCAAAUCGAAGCAUCAACCUGUUCGCCUACAAAUUGGAAGCCUUCCAAGAAUUUAUAAAAAUGAUUUACAACGAGUCUUUGCAAAGAAAUACGUUCGAGUACUUCGCAUCCGUUCAGCUGGCCAAUCAUUAUGAGCGUUUCUUCUAUAACAUGGGUGACCCCUGUACAUACCCCCUUUGCUAUGCCCAUCCGUGCAGCAACUUAGCUUUGUCCCCUCAGUACUUUAGGGAGAGCUUCCACGAGGUGUGCGCACAUAUGGCUCUCUCGACAUGUGAUGGACGGGUGGAUGGCGGCGCCCGUGCGGGGAAGGCGAGGAACCUCCUCUUCGCCACGUCUCUGCUGUUGCCCCACGGCUCUCGGUGA